AGCAUUAACUCUGGAGUAUUCUGGUGGUGACGGGAGUGUCAGGGUCAGAUGGCGGCUCAGCCUGAUUAGACCAGCUCACAGCAGAUCCUCAGCCCAGUACACACACUGCACUCCUGCAGCAGAGGGGAGAACUGGCACAUGCAGUACGUUGCAGUGAUUACAGAGCAGGCUUGAAAAAGGACAGCAAAAAAAAAAGGAAGAGUUUAGUGUUGUAGAGGGUCAGCUACAGGUGGCUGCAGAAAUUUUUUCUCUCUGCUUCUGGAUGUCUUGGUUGUUUGUCAUGGAAAAGUUCUAACUGCAAGGAGAUUGAAAGCCAGGAGAACUGAAAUAAUUCAGUGAUCGGAGGGGACACUGAGGACCUAAGUGAAUCAUCAGUUGAUGGAGUUUGUGCGGCAGAGUGGGGACUACUGCCACGCUCAACACAUUUAGACCGUGUCUGGGAUGAGGCUGUGCCAUGCAGUCUUGGGGCCAUGAAUCCUAAAGGAGCACUAUCAUUUCUUUGCCUUAUCAACCUGCCAGCUCAUGGGGUAACAAGAGGAUUCCCAACACUGAAAGCUGAACGGAGAGAAAAGGAAAGGAAGACCAUCUGAGAGACACAAAGAAAAGAAAGAAUCAGACAGUUACAAACAUAAAAAGCAAGACUGACACAGUCUAGCCUCCUGGACUAUACUGUAGGACACCCUGAACAGAUGGGUUAACAAUCUGGACGUUACACUCUCAGAACUGGGAAUAGACAACAAGUCAUUUAAAGCAGACAGUGGGUCCAUAAUCUGUUGAAGAUUUCACACACACAACUACUAACUUCUACAACUGGAGCUAAAGGUCAGAGGUCCUGCUGCGCAGUCAGAGGUUAAACAAGCCACCAUGAACCGUCCUGCUCCGGUGGAACUGUGCCACAAGAACAUGAGAUUCCUGAUCACACAUAACCCCACAGAUGGUACACUCAACUCCUUCAUAGAGGUCUUAAAACGUUACGGAGUCACAACUGUGGUGCGUGUUUGCGACAGCACCUAUGACAAAACACCACUUGAGAAAGAUGGCAUCACUGUGGUGGAUUGGCCCUUCGAUGAUGGAGCCCCGCCUCCAACCAAGCUGGUUGAUGACUGGCUUGCUUUGUUGAAGAAGAAGUUUCAGGAGGAUCCAGGAAGCUGUGUGGCAGUUCACUGUGUAGCUGGAUUGGGAAGGGCUCCUGUGCUCGUGGCUCUAGCUCUGAUUGAAAGCGGCAUGAAGUAUGAGGAUGCCAUUCAGCUCAUCCGACAGAAGCGUCGAGGAGCCAUCAACAGUAAACAGCUGACUUAUUUGGAGAAAUAUCGAUCGAAACAGAGACUUCGUUACAAAGACCCUCACACGCACAAGAACAAGUGUUGCAUAAUGUGAAAAAAACUAACUUAUACACUUAUAGGCUCUCCAAAAUAAACAACACUGUAAGGUUGCUUGUACCCCUCAAAGAACGUCUCAGGAAUCCAGUUGUACAGGCCUUACAGAGACUGCCCCAUCUUGGAAAUAUUGUUAUUAUAGUGAUAUUUUGAAUUGUCUGUAUUGAUGCUUCAUCUUGGGGGUUAAAAGGAAUAAAGGGGGAGAGGAUGGCUAAUAUAGAAAUAAAUGUAAAAAAAAAAUCAUUUAUUUCAGUAUAUCAGAGCUAUUUGUAUUUGUAGAUAAUGCUUAUGAAGAUAUGGAGUUUGCUGAUAGGUAAUGCAUUAAGGCACAUCAUACAGCUUUAAUUAUUUUCUUCUGUGAUGCUUAUAAAAAGUUAGAGGAGGAUUUUAUCAUAUUCUUUUAUAUUUUUUCUGUUUGACUACUGACUGCUGCUCAACACCUAAAACCUCCCAAUUGUUAAUCAUCAAUGCAAACAAGGUAAGGAGAGCAUUCAGUAGUUUAGUCAUUUGGAGAGACUCCGAGACAAACCUUAUAUUAUCUACUCAGAGACUAAUUUUGUUAUUAAAUAGAUGUUGUAUUGGAUCUCUCACAUUUCCUUAAACAUAUUUGGACUGUGUUUACAUCACUUGUGUUUUUCCUGAAUUAUGCAUGUGCUACACUUUAAACAAAACGGUUUUCAUUUCAUUUUACUGCAUGCACUUUUUAUAUGUGAAACAAAUUAGAGAAGGAAAUGCAAGGAUUUAAAAGCCGAUUAUGUCACAGCUUUUCCGUUGAUAUGUCUGCACAUUUUGGAUUUUGUGCCUCAGUGUUUAGAUAAUGCAGAUUUUCAGGGCUGGCCUAAGCUAAAAUCUUAAUUUAAUGAAAAAAAUAAUAAAUAUCCAAAACACUGUAAAUGUCAGAAUGCAUUAUGUACAUUUUAUGCAUAUUUUAAUAAA